UCUCUCUCUCCCUCUCUCUCUGCCCCUCCCCUGCUCGCUCUUUCUCUCUCACACUAAAUAACCUUUAAAAAAAAUUAAAUGAAAUCAUCUUGAGAAAUCUGACUUGAAGAUUGUGAAAAAUAUUAAUAGGUUAUAGUUGACUAAGACUGACAACUGUGCCACGAAAUAUUGAGUAUACAUAAUGAAAAUAUCAUGAAUUUGGCAGUCAUGCAGAGUUUUGUGUUAAGAGUUCUGGUCUCUCGCCUGACUUUCUGUGCUGCCAUUGCAUUAUCUGUAGCACUCUGGGCUUCUGUUUCCUAACUGGUAAAAUUGGCAGAAAAAUAUUUGGUUUGCAUUGGUUUUCUAGCUAAAAUGAACAAAUAGAAGGAUUCCAGGACAAUGUCUUUUUUCAUGUUAGGAUCAACUAAGUAUUACUUUUCUUCCUUACUUCGUAUAAGAAAUAAUUUGAACUGAAAUCACACUAAUAGUGUAGAAAUCAAAAGAGAUAACAAGUGCAUGUAUCUCUGUAGUGACUAGUAUAUUCAAAUACAAGUAAUAAAAGUUCAGAACUGGACACAGAAUGUACAGAACAGAAGAGAACUUAGUGGAAGCAUGAGUAUUAAAUGACUUUGUGAAGACUAUGCAGAAGACAGGUGAGUCUGUAGUGCUCCAUCAGAAAGGCCAGUAAUGCCUUGCAGCUCCCGGGGCUUGGUUCUGUGACAGCACUAGAAAAAACAGGACUGUCUGAGAAAUGAGUAACUAUACUUGAGAAAGUGAGACAUCGGCUAGAAAAUUACAUUUCAGGAUGACAUUGAGAAGGCUGCUGGACUAGAUAAAUUCUAAGAUCCAUUUUGCCUAUAACACCAGAUAUUUUAGCAAAAGCUUACCUGGCCUUAUGACUGAAUCGAAUUGUGAAUUCAAGGAGUGGCAACGAGUUUUAUUGUACAUGGAUGUUACAAAGUUGGGUUUUUCUGCUUUGUUUUGAACAAAUUUGUGAAAUUCAUGACUUGAUUGAGAAUAAGGGCUUUGUGUUGGGUUGCAUAGUUUUGCCUAGUGUUACUAAGUUUUUUUCACUCUAAAUUAUAACCUGAAUGUUUUCUAAUGUGAUAUUUUGGGGUCUUCCAGUUUUGUUUUCCAUUUGUUGCCAGAUUUGAUUGUGAUGAUCUUGCCAGAAAACUUUUGCCCUAAAAAGGAGGAUUGCUUCCACAAAAGACAGAGAGCAGCAGUACUAUGGGACCAGCCAAUAAAUCUCAAACAUCUCCAGACACCUUCUUGCUGAUGGGCAUCCCAGGACUAGAGCACCUGCAUAUCUGGAUUGGGAUUCCCUUCUGCUCCAUGUACAUGGUGGCUGUGGUGGGGAAUGUGACCAUCCUGGCCGUGGUGAGGGCAGAGCGGAGUCUCCAUGAGCCUAUGUUCCUCUUUCUGUGCAUGCUGUCCGUCACUGACCUGGUCCUCUCCACAUCUACACUGCCUCGCAUGCUCUGUCUCUUCUGGCUUGGAGCGCGUGACAUUGCCUUUGAUGCUUGCCUGGCUCAAAUGUUCUUCAUCCAUAGCUUUACUGCUAUGGAAUCGGGUUUUUUCCUGGCCAUGGCCUUUGACCGUUACGUGGCCAUUUGUCAUCCGCUGCACCAUACCACGAUUCUCACCCAUGCUCGCAUUGCCAAAAUGGGAGCUUCUGUGGUACUCCGGGGAGUGGCCUUCUUUUCCCCACAUCCUAUCCUGCUCAGGCAGCUGCCCUACUGCAGAACACGAGUCAUUACCCACACCUACUGUGAGUUCAUGGCCGUGGUGAAGCUGGCAUGUGUGGACACAGGAGCUACCAAACGUUACAGCCUCAGUGUAGCCUCUGUCAUUGGUUCCUGCGAUGGCUUUUUCAUUGCUGUCUCUUAUGCCCUAAUCCUCCGUGCAGUCUUUCGCCUUCCAUCACAGGAAGCAAGUUUUAAAGCUCUAGGAACCUGUGGCUCUCAUGUCUGUGUCAUCCUUGUUUUCUACUCCACAGCUGUCUUUACCUUCCUCACUCACCGCUUUGGCCACAAUGUGGCCCCCCAAAUUCAUAUCUUUAUUGCCAAUAUGUACCUUCUGGUACCACCUUUCCUUAACCCCAUUGUUUAUGGUAUUAGAACCAAAAAAAUUCGAGACCAUGUCCUUAGUUCUCUAAAGGUAAAAGUCACUUGAUUAUCCUGGAAUUGUUUGCAGAGAUGGUAUCAUAAUCAGAAGGGAAGUAGGGAAAUAAUUGAUCCCAUUUUUAUAAAUGACAUGGAAUUUUCUCCCACUGAAAUCAGACAUUUUCACAGAGAAGAGUGACCACACCUAAUAGAAAUUCCACAAUUGUAGUGAAACUAGAGGGCGUGAGACAUUUUGUGCACACAUGGAUUUUAAGGAGCUUCCUUAAAGCUUUUUUAAUUGGAAAGCAGUCCCUUUCUGCUCCUUGCUGCUACUGAUCUGUGUUGUAACUGGGGGUGGUAGUUUAUUUUCAAGUAGGCGUGAUUUAAAAAAAAAGUGAAAAAGCCCAUGAGAACUUCAAAAAUUCCAUGUAAAGUAUUUGCAAUUGAAAAUUUAAUGAUCACUAUCAAUAUUCUACAGAAGAGGCAAUAUAAUAGGAUUGAUGUCUUUUUAAUACAGGACAUAGUAAUUGUGUAUUUUAGUCACAAGAAUGGACACACACAAGACAAGUUGCCAAGCAGACAUGUGGAAAUGUUCAAUAGUGCAGUAAUCAAGCCCACAGAAUUUUUAAACAUAUUGCUCAUAGAAUAUUCUGUCUCCACAAAGCAUAACUUGUGCCUCUUAUUGUUUUGUUAUCUAAACUAAGACUGGGUCUCUUAAAGAUAUUCUCUUUACCGUCAUCACAAAUUAUCCUGAAACCAGAAACAACUUUAUGCUUGAUGGUAUGUAUCUACUUGGGAAUUUGCCCAGAGCUUAGGCCCAAGCCCACUGAACUAGAUACAGAUAUUACAUGUGCUUGCUAAAGGAGGUAUCUAUUAUUAUAAAUAACUCAAUUAAUACAUUUUUAGUGAUUAUGCUCCUGGUGAUAAUUAAAAAUAAAAUUAUUAAAAAAGAUAUAAGUAUUUUACUGGUAAAAGUCUGAAUAUUUUCUCCUUAAAAAAUAUGAUUCCUUCACUUCUUGGCUUGUACAAAAUGGAAAUUACUCCAGAGUCACUCAAUAAACACAUGCUGAAUUUCCUUGAAUUGAUGUUCUCUUUUGUGGUUUUCCAUUUGUAAAGUAUUGUUUGUACCUUCUUUCUUCUGUUUAGUAUAGGAGCUUCUUAGAAGUAAAUAUCUGGGCCGCUUCUCUGUAUUCCUUUUCCUUAGACUCUGUUGCAAUGUUGUUCAAGCUUUUAUAAUUUUCAAUUUGGGAUAUUUCAACAGUUGCCACUGAUAUGUUCAAAGCAUUAGCUUUUAAUUACUAUGUCUAAUACAUCCUUUACAUUGAGAUCAUAGUUAUCCUCAUAAAAAUUUAGAAAACAAACAGAAUUGAUAUGUCAGACCCGUGUAAGCACCAGAAUAGCAAAGCAAAACUUAAUGAAAUUCUUUUCUGCUCCUUCUCUUCUCAUUCUUAUAUAUCAUUUGAACUGGUCCUGUUCAUAAAGUCCCCCGCCUUCAUUCAAACAAUACGUCUCUCCAUAUCUUCAUGUUUUGCUUAGAAUGUUUCUCUCCUACCCAUUCUCUUUGUCACCUGGGAAGAACUUAAUUAUCCUUCAAGAUCCAGCUCUUGUUUAAACUCCCCCACCUUAUCAGAAAGAUUACAUUUCUUUCCUCAAGUCAAAUUAAUUAAAAAUUCCCCCCACCUCUAUUGUAAAAAAUGCCAUGAUAGAUUUUAGUUAAAUUCUUAAUAUGCCUUUUUCCAAUUAAACUCUUGGUAUGGUUUGGGGUUAAGUGCACUGGCUCUAGAAGCAGAGUGCUGAGUUCAUUAUUCAUCUCUGUCACUUUCUAUCUGUGUGCUCACAGGCAAGUUGUCCAAACUUUCUGGACCUUGUUGUCAAAAUUAAUAAAAUGAGGGUUGUAAGAUUUCUUGCCCCGUAGAAUUUUAAGGAUUAAAUGAAUGAAAGCAUGUAAGACUCUUAACAUAGUUAACAUCGUGGAUUAUCAUAACAAGUAUAAUUUUGUGUAUUUAUUAUAUGUCAGAUUUGCAAGACAUAGGUGUGCAUUUAUAUGUAUAUAUGUGUGUGGGUAAAUGUAUACAUUGAUACAUAUACAUGCAAUUUAAAUUAUAUAAUUAUCAUCAUAAUCACUAGAUUAUUAGUCUUGAUUUUACAUAUGAGUAAUUUAGACUCAGAGAGAUUAAAUAAUUUGCUCAUAGUCAAAUAUUGACUAAGUGGUAUAGUCUGGAUUUAAACAAAAAUGACAGUAAUUAAUCCCACUUUAAAAUCCGUUUACUUUUAUUUUAUUUAUUUUUUUAUUUUAUUUUAAAUUCCAGCACAGCACACAAUGUUAUAUCUGUUUCAGGUGUACAAUAUAGUGAUUCAGUAAUUCUAUAGAUUACCCAGUGAUCAUCAUGACAUGUGUCCUCUUUAAUCCCAUCACCUAUUUAACCCAUCCUUCCACCCAUCUCCCCUCUGGUAACCAUCAGUUUGUUCUCUAUAGUUAAGAGUCUUGUUUCUUGGUUUUCCUCUCCUUUUUUUCCCCUUGUUUGUU